AUGGAAUUUGAAGAAUUGGAGCUCAUUGGACGAGGAUCCUUUGGCCAGAUCCGAAAAGUGCGACGCAUAAACGAUGGACAGAUUCUGGCCAGAAAGGAAAUCUCAUACCGAAGAAUGACGCCCAAGGAGAAAGAGCAGCUUAUUGCCGAGUUUCGCAUCCUCAAAGGACUCCAUCACACCAACAUUGUUGGUUAUCUGCACCACGAACACCUGCCAGACAAACACCUGGUCCAUCUUUACAUGGACUACUGUGGAGGAGGAGACUUGGCAGGGCUCAUCCAGCAGUGCAAGGAGACAGAUGAAAGGGUGCCCGAGCGAAUUGUAUGGAGCAUCUUCACACAGCUGCUUCUGGCACUUUACAGAUGCCAUUUUGGACAAGAUGCUCCUCCUCUAACCGAUCUGUUUACCAACCAAGGAGAAGAGGAUGAAGUCUAUCCCAGCAACGUCAUUCUACACCGAGAUAUCAAACCCGAUAACAUUUUUCUUGACGGUGACCAUUGCGUCAAGCUGGGGGACUUUGGACUCGCCAAAAUGCUGGAUCAGAGCCAUAUGAUGGCCAACACCUUUGUGGGCACCCCUUACUACAUGUCUCCCGAGGUACUUCUCAACGAUGUGUCUUCGCCGGCCUCAGACAUAUGGUCACUGGGAUGCGUCAUCUACGAGCUGUGCCAACUACAUCCUCCCUUCCAGGCCAAAAACCAUGUCCAACUCACACAAAGGGUCCAGGACGGUAUGUACCCCGAGUUACCCCCACGAUACUCGUCCACCCUGAAACGAACCAUCCAGGCAUGUCUGGAUAUCAACCCUCAUAACCGACCGUCUACAGCAACCCUACUGAGACUUGACAUCAUUAAGCUGGUCCGAAAAGACCGUAUGCUCUCUGAGCAGCACCAGCACCUGCUGGAGUAUCAGGAGAACCUCAAACGCGAAGUCGAAAUUUUCGAGGAACGCCGAGAAGAAGUCCUUCAAAUUUCCCAAAACCUUGAACAGUACCGGGAGACAGUGGAACAGGAAUACUUCAACAACAUUCAGAGCGAACUGGAGUCUGUUGUUGAGCAAGAGGUGGAACGAAGGGUCCGGCAGGCCCUUGCAGACUUGCCCGCUCCAACCCCUCCGCCACCCAUCUCUCCUACUGCCCACCGAUCUUCUCCCCGAGACAUCUCCAUGUCUUUCUCUCCUUCUCAGCUUACACCAAUCAAGCACGUCAAGGGUCCUCGAGGGCUGGCUAUCUCUACCCCUCUCAAACGCACUCCUCUCAAGCCUCUUGAGGAGCUGCCUUUAACCAACGCCUCUAACCCAUCAUUGACCUCGUCUGGCUCGUCCCAUGACUCGGACAAGUCUGCAUCCAAGCAGCGUGCUGCCCCGCAUUUCCACGCUGUCUACGCUGGAUUCAAAACCCCAGCCGCCGUCAAACGACCAGCCAAGAGAACCUACAUCGACCAAUGGGACGAAGCUCCCAGUCCCUUUCUAAGACGACAGGCUGCCGCCAGUUAUGACUAA